CCAGGGGAUGACGGUGGGGCGAUUUCUGUAAUUUGUAUCUGUGGCGCGGAGACGGAACUCGUGGAUCAGCUUUUCGUGUCUGGAGAAAGGGGAAGCUGUUUCUGCGCACGCCUUCUGACGGAGGAGGAAAGCCUGCAGCCACGCUUUCGAUGUGAGUUUUCAGGAAGUGAGAAAUCUGUCGGUGGGAUGGAGCAACACGCAGGGUCUGUGACAGCAGCCGGAUUCGGCGCAAAGAUGCUGUUUUUGUGUGCUCUCUUACCGCCAGGGGCUUGAGUUUUUUCCCCGGUAUUCCUGAGUCUUCCACCAGAAUGCGUUGGAGCCGCGGCUGUGGUUCGCAUAUGUCAUGGACGUGUGAGCUGGAAUGGCUCGUCAACCUCUUUUUCCGUCACAAGCAGGAGUUCACCCUAAUUCGUGGGCAGGGAAGAGACAUUGCGUUCUAGUAUGCAAGUUUGCGGCGUAAUUCUGCUCACUUCAGCACCAACCAGCGCAAAUGGCUGCACGUAGACUGCGUAGAAGACCUGUUUAAUGGUUCACCGUCUGUAUUCAAAUUGAGGAAUCACUGGGUGCGGAUUGUGGAAUUCUUCAGCAUCAGGAACAGACAGAAUCUCUGUUUCCACCGUACCCUGAACUUCUGAGUGUAUUGGGCUGCGGGUGAAAUUUGAGACACUGGAGGAGACUCAUAAUUCCACACCUUGCAGUCGCACUUACGGACUUGGCGGGAGCCCUGGACUGGAUAGUAGCUCUUGAGCGGAGUUUGCAGGUUGAUAAGCUAGUCGAAGGCUAGCUCCAGCACGGUGGGGUCGGUUCUCGUGUGUGGACUGAUCUAUUAGUUUGGUGUACAAGAAAGGAUGGUGCUUUUAGGAGGGCCAUUUCCAAUUACGCAGGAUUGUUCUUGAUGUAGAGAAGGUAGUUUCACUUCUGAGGUUCAACCAUGGUUCGGCAGCAAUCAUGGAGUCUCCAGCUCGCGAUCGCACAUUUGGCCCGACGGGCAGUAGGUGGAGGGCAGAUACUUCACUAUCAAAGGUCAUGGAAUUAGCGACUUUGGCGACCUUUUGUCCGCAGGUGGCGGUGUAUAACAUAAACUUGUCAGAGGUUGCCUAGCGAAACGUAGGGUAAAAUGAAGACAAUACUGGUGGCGGGAACCAAUAGCGGUGUUGGCAAGACCAGCAUUGCGGUGGGACUCAUGGCUGCCUUCUGCCGCCGUGGCCUGCGAGUGCAGCCCUUCAAAGUUGGACCAGAUUUUUUGGAUCCCAUGCAUCACAAGGCAGCAACUGGUCGUGACUCGUACAACCUUGAUGGUUGGAUGCUUAGCAGAGAAGUGAAUCUAGCCUGCUUCAUGCGAUGCACCCCUUUCACGGAUAUUGCUAUCGUGGAGGGCGUGAUGGGUCUGUAUGAUGGGAGGGAUGGAAAGUCCGAUUCGGGCAGCACAGCAGAGAUGGCAAAGCUGCUAGGUACGCCUGUAGUGCUGGUGCUUGAUUGCUGGCAGCUUGCUAGAAGUGCCGCUGCACUGAUUCGGGGAUACACUUCAUUCGACCCUGAUGUCAAAUUUGCGGGAGUGUUACUUAACAAGGUGGGAAGUUCUUCUCACACAGCCUGGUUGACAGAAGCUAUUUUGGCAACGGAGCCUGAUGUAAGAGUUCUCGGAGGGGUUCCUAAGUCUGCUGGAAUUGAGCUCCCUGAAAUGCAUCUUGGUGCACAUCCACCUGUGGAUGAAGAAGUGCCAGUGAACUACAUACAAAGACUCGCUGAUCUGAUAGAAUCUCACGUCGAUCUGGAUUCCAUCCUGGAGCAGGCUGUUCCUUUGGAAUCCGUCCAUGGCGACAUUCUGGGGAAUCCAUCUUUAGAUCUCUUCUAUAAUAGUUCAGUGGUUCAUCCAAAGCCCGUGCGCAUCGGAGUAGCGCGAGAUGAUGCUUUCUGUUUCUACUACCACGAGAAUCUGCUACUGCUUCAAAAUGCAGGAUCAGAGCUUGUCGAGUUUUCUCCCCUGAGAGAUACAUUACCUCCCAGACUGGAUGGAAUUUACUUUGGAGGUGGUUAUCCAGAGCUUCACCUCGAACAACUUAGCAGCAAUAAGAGGUUAUUGUAUGGAAUACGAGCAUUUGCUAACGCAGGAGGUGUGAUAUUUGCGGAAUGUGGUGGUCUGAUGUAUCUUUCACAGGGCAUCGAGGAUGACGAACAGCGCAAAUGGAGUAUGUGUGGCGUCUUUCCUUUUUGGACACGUAUGCAGCCUGUGAUGCACAUGGGCUAUGUCACGGUCACUCCUCAGGACAAUUGUGUGCUCUUUCCAGCUUCAAUCGGUGAAAUACGUGGCCAAAUCUUCCACUUCAGCGAGAUGUUCUAUGCAAAUAGCAACACCAUCAAUUUGUGUCCGAAAGGUUUCUGCACUAAAGCUGAGUACCGGAAGGCUGCGGAGGACGUCGAGGGAUACAUGCACGGCAACACUAUGGCCAGCUUCGUUCAUCUACAUUUCGGCAGCAACCCAGCUGCUGCUGUGUCGUUUGUGGAGCGUUGCAGGAUGGAUUCAACAAAAGCAGCAGCUGUGGCUGCUGCCUCUGCUUCGGCAGUUGCAGGAGCAGGUCCUGUAGCUGCUGCCGCAGCUGGUGCAGCAGCAGCAGCGGCCGUGGCAGAGGCAAUGGGGGAAACAAAGAGUCUCAUACCGUAUCAAAGUGUGGGUGAUAAUUCGGACUUGUUCUUGCGUCGUUCCGGAUCCUUCGAUUUAAGCAGUAUGAAGCAGCAUUACGAAGGGAGGAGAAAUAACGGCAGGCUGGUGAGAUCAGAAUCAGAGAUAUGGGUUGGACAAUUAGAUCAGGAAAAUAAUUCUUAUUCAAAAUUAGGAGGUGAAAUUACUAGGAGUGAAGAUUAUAAUAGGAGGGUUUCAACUAAAGCUGGUUUUGCGAGUACAACAGGAAAGGCUUACAAUUCUCGUGAUGAUGUUGAGGACAUUAAUUCCAAUGUUAGAGGACGACAUGGAAAUAGCUUAGAAAAGAAUUUAGAUAAAGAUAACUUAGUUCAAGGUGGCCAUCGGAAACACUUGCCGCCUUUGACUGCAAACAGGAGAACUUUUGGAUGGUUGGUAAAUGGUGAAGUUCCUAAACAUCUGGAAAAAGUUCCAUCGGGUAGUCGAUUCUCGUCAAGUUCUCCUACUUCAAGAGCUCUACCUGAGAGGAUCGUUUCAUUGUCUCCUUCAGCAACCGAAAUUUUGUAUGAGCUAGGUGCUGGGAAGAGGUUAAUAGGAGUUACAGAAUCAUGCGUCAGGCCAAGUGGAUGUUCGAACGAACUCUACAAUGUGUGUCGUACCAAGGUGGAGCCUGGGUCAAGAAUGCAGACGUAUGUGGAAGUACCGAAACCUGUAGGAACUCUUGGGAAUGGAAGCAGUAUGAGACUUGAUGUCUCCUGGCUCUGUAAAGCAAAGCCCGAUCUAAUCAUCAUUCAGGAUUCUUCGCUACACGGUGAUACAUGCAGUACGUCAAUAGUUGGGAUACUGGCACAGGCAGGGCUACAAAGUGGGAAGAACACUCAAAUCAUGAUCCUGAGGCCCCACACUGUCGCAGAUGCGAUCUCCGGGAUUGUGGAGCUAGGGGACAGGGUCGGCUUGUAUCAUGAGGCGUGUUUAUUGGCAGACUGGUUAAGGUCAAGGUUGCGAAAAGCUGCGGUAGCGGUUGCCAGGUUACAUAGGCCCCGCGUACUUGUUCUGCAUAGUCUAGACCCUCUUAUCAUGGGUGGACAUUGGGUUCCGGAAAUGGAAAGCCUAGCUGGUGGGCUUGAUGAUCUUCAAAAGCCUGGUUGUAAUGCAGAGACUCUAUUGUGGCGUCGUAUCACAAACUAUGCACCAGAGGUUCUCAUUUUCGCACAUCUUACACCUAGUGCGGAGCAAACUUUGUCCGAGGUACAAAAGAUUGUCAAAUUUUCAGGCUUCUGGUCUCUUCCAGCUGUCGAAGCCGGACGCGUGUAUAUUUGCGAGCAUAUUUACUUCAGUUACCCGGGUCCAAAACUUGUCGAUGGAGUGGAACUUUUGGUUGGCAUGUUGCAUCCAUCAGCCAGCCAAAGUUGGCAAGUGCCUGGAGCAGUUUUGAAGCUAUCACUAACCCCUGGACAGAAAUGUAGUCCAGAUCAAAUAUCCAAACACUUCCAACCUUGUUAGAGAUCCAAAACGUCCAAAAUCUUGUUAAGCUUGUCAGAAGAAUUGAGAUUGCCAGAGGCAGCUCUCAUCUCUCGAAAGUCCUCAAGUUGGAAUUUAUUCAUAGUGGCAUUCGAACUGAAAUGCCACAUGCAAUCUCAAUAAAGGAAAUAGCGGUGGUACAAAACCUUUUACUCUCCGUUCAAACAAGUCGUGAAUCUGAGAGUUUCUCAUCUGUAGAUUGCGAUGUACAUAAACGCAACUUUGAAGCUGUUCGGCGUAAUACUCUCAAGUCAUACACCCCUAUGCCUUAGUGUGGGGUUAUUCUCUCCACGUUUUGACAGGUGUUUAAUUAUGACUAGAGUUUACACAUGCCAGUCGAACACAGUCGUGUAUACUAGAGUGUACUGUAUCUUCAGUGGAAGAGCUAUGGAAAGGACGUACUUGUCAUCAAAGGUCAUGAGAGUAACAAACCGGACCCGGACAAGCGUCUUUGAAAGAACUUCUAGUGAUAAGGUCGGUAACCCUAAUGCUUUCGGUAGGAGGAAAUCACUACUAAGUACACAUCUGACAGCAGUUACUUGAAGAUGAUC